AUGGAAUCGGCCGUGGCAGACCUAAAGGACGGCAGGGUACCCAGUGCUUUGUACUGGUCUAUACCUCAAGUCGCUGAUUGGAUCGAUGACCUCGGAUUUCCCGCCUACAGGGAAUGCUUCACAACAAACCUGAUCGAUGGUCGAAGACUCAUCGCUCUGGAGGCCUCCGCUUUUCCUAAGAUCGGGAUCACAGACUUUAACCAUAUCAAAUCUAUUUCCAAGAGCAUCCGUGAGCUGUUAUCGUUGGAAGAACCAGAUUGGAAGCGAAGCAUAAGUUUCCCGCCCCGUGAAGACCUGGGCAUGUUCUUAGAAAGAAAGAUGACCAAGGGUGCUUCGCGAGACGCCAUGACCUACAAAAAAUUCCUGCUUGACAAGAACCCAAAAUGGCGGCCGCCGUUAGCUAACAUGUGCUUGAUAUUACCGCACGGUAGCCCCGCUCAGAGUUCUCAACAAGCUGUGGAUCACUGA